AAGAAAAAAAAGAUCGGUCCUUCUCUCUCUAAUUUGUCACUCGCUCGUUUCUUCCAGUAUCUGACGAGACCACCAACCAACUUAUGUAGCAAAUUCAACCUAGACCGUUUCUCUCUCUACAUCUUAGACCCUUUCUAUCUCUACCUCUCUCUCUCUCUCUCUCUCUCUCGCACUAAUGAGACGAAGACCAACCAGCUCUGUGUAAGGUCAAUCGUCACCCCACCCCCUCUCUUUCUCUCUCUAAGUCGGAUGACAAGACAGCUCACAACUCUCCCAACCCUCCUCCGACUCUUGGCUCGCUCUCUCUCUCUCUCUCUCGUAGAAGAAAGGCGAGAGAAAGAAACAAAUCUAGAGAGAGAAAGAGAGUGUCGACCCAAUAAACACUCCCUCUCCAUUCCUAUAUAAACAACUGCUUAUCACUUCUUUGGCCCUUGUCGUCUCCCUCCCGGCUCGUAGCCCCCAACGCACAGACACACGCACACACACUCUUUCUCUCUCUCUCUCUACAGUAAAACAGAACACCACCAGAAGGCCCCCAAAUAAUGCACACCACGCCAUAGCCAAACUCCUUUCUAUGACUCCCCCCCUCACCCCCAAAUACUAAACGUCUCCCGCUCUCAUCUUCAUUCUCUCUCUAGAAGAUGGAGAAGCCGGCCCCGACCCUGGGCUCCCCGACAACGUUUGUCCAGGCGGAUGCGCAGAGCUUCCGAGAGCUGGUCCAGAAGCUGACAGGUGCUGGGCCCGAUGACUCCUCUGAGAAGCUCCCGAUCACUGUCCCGGCGCGCCAUACCACCCGCGGUGCUGCCCCAUCUGCUGCCCCCGACCCUGUUGGGCCCCGUCGCUCGGCCUUCAAGCUCCACGAGCGCCGGCAGAGCAUAAGGAAACUCGAGAUCAAACUCGGUCUCACCUCUCUAAGGGGGGAGAGAAACUUUGGUAUCUCUCCUCGAUCGCCCAGCAAUCAGAUCUUGCUUUCGCCUACUCUAGCAGAGCUGAUCCCGAGUCCGGUCACGCCAUUGGGGUCCGACCCGUUUGAGUCGGGGGUUUAUAGCCCGGGGUCGUCGGGUCAAGUCUCUGCUCACGGGAGCGAGUCGGAGGAAGAGAGGGCGUUGAAGGAGAGGGGCUUCUAUUUGCAUCCGUCUCCUUUGAGCACACCCAGGGACACUGAGCCCGAGUUGCUUCCUCUUUUCCCGCUCCAUUCUCCGAGGCAGAGCGCGACAUGACGCUCUCUAAUGACUCGGUCUGGCACUCUCUUCUGAGACACGGUACGGUAAAAUGAAUUGCCUCUCCGUUUUCCUUUCUUUUUGGACUUUUUUUUUUUGCUGGAACUCUUGUUAUUGGGGUUUCGAGAUUUCUUUCAUCUUUAUUUUUUUUUUUUUUCUUUUUUUUUUUUGGUGAUGUGGGGGUUGGAUAGAAAUGAUGAAUGGGAAUCAACUCUCUCUAUUCUUCGCU